GUAUGACCUUCAACGCAUGUUGUAUAGAUCAAGGAAGGCAGAUCUUUCGAAAUUCAAGGUUGCCUCUUAUCCCCAUCAUCGUUAGCCGCUUCUGCCUGCCUGCAACACAACGUUAGGUGAAACUCGCCGUACAUACACACCAACAUCAUCUGGAAAGCUCGCUAGACAAUCUGGUACUGAGUGAUUCCCGCCUUCCUUUACCUUCAAACUAGAUACAAUGGCAACGCCUCUGAAAGGACGCAAGAAAUUCCAAGCAGACUUGGACGGCGCCGCCGAAGCUUGUCGAACAGGAUUAGAAGUAGAUGGCUUGCUCGUGAAAGGCUUUCGUAGAGGCGAUGACGACGGAUCUUUCCUUUGUACUGUCUCCGACCGCUUUGGACAUAACUUCGCUUCACUGAGCUUUCUCAUCUCCGAGACGUCCGAGUAUCCAAAUCAUCACCAAUUCUAUUGCUUCUCACAGGAGAAUGAUCCACCGUCCUACGUGCAGCGAGUUAUAGAAACCGUAGCCGACUAUGAUUCAAUGACCAUCGCAGACCUCCUUCAAAAAGUCUUAAGAUCACUUGCGAAGCGGGUAGCUUCUACACAGCAAACUGAGCCAGCUGACGCCCAUGAAACUGACCAUGAAGAAGAGGACGACGAUGAGGAGGUCUACGAUGAGCAUUUCGAUGCCGACCUUGACAUUGCCAUACUGACCAAUAAGUCCGACAUCGACAUUCGGACUCUUCAGCGCGACUUCAAUGAAGUUGUUGCUGCUGGCUACCGCCCUGGGCUCAUCCGGCUUGGUGCCGAGGAGAUCGUCCUCUCCGUCUCGAUCCCGGUGAUUUCGUUAGCCUCAGACAUCGAGCCCCGUGCGCUCAUGGCUUGGGACUCUCGUAUGCUGUCCGAAUCUCACCAUCUUACGCUCGUCAUAUCGGGCAUGCGGAACAUUUACCCUGUUCUUCAGAGCGAUGGUACAUUUGUCCCGAAUAUCGCCGCGCGAGGAAUCCAGAAUUUGCAAUUUCGGGUGGGAUUGACAUCGAGGUACAAGCCAGACAAAGAUCUAGUGCUCACCUUAAUUCGCAACUACGGGCUACAGGCUAAAGACGAAGAGUUACAGCCGCAGCUUCCUCCACCACCGAGUCACGAUUACUACCUCGACGGAGAGGAAGAUGAAUCAGACGAAGUGCCUUCAUUUCCAGAGGCUGGACCUCAGCCCGAGGAGAAUGACCACCCCAAGUUUCAUUUCAGUUUGAGUACCUCUCUUGAGUCAUUGUUACAUGAUCGAUUCCUGCAGGCCGUGCAACUGCGUCUGAAGUACAAGAUAGGAUGGGCGGCCGCAGAGCUUCUCAUUAGUAGAGCAGAUCAAGUCCAACAAAGACCCGAAGCCAUCAUCCACGAUCUCAGGAGGGAGCUUCUUCAGGCUGAUGAACAAGAACGGGAACUUGCCUCGAGCUACAAUCUUCCUACUGAUCAUAUUCUAGAGCGCGAAGUCACUGAUCACCUUAACCUACCCCUUCUUGCAUUUUCGUACCUUCUCAGACGUUUCACACUUUGUCCUCGCUACUGCCUUGUCUGCUACAACAGACUCAAUGCCAACUUCGAGGCACUCAAACCCUAUGUCUGCGAUUCAAAGUUGUGCACUUACCAGUACUAUAGUCUGAAUCGUGGACCAUCAUUAGAGUACGAAAUUUGCGCUAGACCUGAAACCGUAGAUCUUUUGGUCUCUCUGGCGUAUUGCGCAGCCGCAGAGAAGGUGCUCGACCCACUUCCGAUGGGUAUGGGACUAUCUGUGCCACACCCAUCCGAUCCUACGAAGCCACUUCAAGAAUUCGAUCAGCUGACCAAGGACGAGAUGUGCAAAUCGAUCACAGAUUUGCUGAACACUUUGCAUCCGAUCAGAGACAUGAAGCGAUUCCUUGAAAAGAAUAACAAAGCCGGUAGGGCAAAGAAGAGAUUGACAGAUAUGGAUCCAAAUAUACUCCCAGCUGCAUGGUUACUCCUUCGAUGGUGUGUCGCGUCUUGUACCGCACAUUUGGAAGAGUUGCAGUCUCCAGAAGAUCGUAUUCCCAAUAUCGACAGCCAAUGGCGCCAGUUCCGAUUCAGUGUCGGUUCACCCGAUGCCGAAGCGAAGUUCCGUACAGCUCUGCAGCAGGCUCAAACUCAGAAUCUGAAUGCCAGACGCUAUCCUUCUCUUUAUGCGUUCCAUGGUUCGCCCACAUCCAACUGGCAUUCGAUCAUCCGCCAUGGCUUAUGGUUCAAAACCGUCGCAAAUGGACGUGCUUAUGGCAAUGGUGUUUAUUUCGCCAAGGAAGGACAAACAUCGAUGUCCGGAUACGCGCGCGGUACUGCUCAUAGAUGGCGGAACACAGAGUUAGGUGUAGGGCCUUGCGUGGCUGUUGCAGAGAUAGUCAAUCUGCCAGAACAGUUUGUUUCUCAGAAUCCUUUUUUUGUUGUCCAACAUACAGACUGGAUUGUCUGUCGGUAUCUUCUCGUCAGCGCUACCAGAUCGGACGAGUACUACGGCGAAGAGGCGCAGCCAAUGGAUAUUGACGUUCCUAGUGUUGAUCUUGACCCUUUGCAUCCAUUAACAUUGCACCAGAAGAGGGUUUCCAUCCCUGAGCCGACAUAUAGGCUGCAAAGGCUGCUCGACGCAAGACGUGUUGAGUAUAACGAAGAAGAACCUGACGAGGAAGAUGCUAACGUGUUCUACGGUAUCGACCCUCAUACUUCCUCGCAAGUCAACAGUAAUACCGCUCCUGCUCCUGAACCCUCUAUUCCUGACGUUGUACCGGACAACUGGAAACACGACCCAGAGUGGCUGGCUUCGUGCUUGCCGCAUCUGUUACCACCUCCUACUGACGCUUCACCUAUGGCCACGAUGGCGGUUCAAAGGGAACUCAGGGCCAUGCUGAAAGAGCAAGAGAGCGCCAAGAGUCUUGAAACACUAGGGUGGUACAUGCCGCCGGACUUGAUUGGUGACAAUCUGUUCCAGUGGAUCGUCGAAGUUCAUUCGUUCGAGCCAGAACUUCCUAUUGCGCAAGAUAUGAAGAGGGUUGGUGUCAACUCGUUGGUGUUUGAGAUAACGUUCCCUCCCGCAUUCCCCCACUCUCCUCCCUUCUUCCGCAUCUUGAAGCCUCGCUUCUUGCCAUUCAUACAUGGCGGAGGUGGACAUGUUACAGGAGGAGGCUCGAUGUGUAUGGACUUGCUGACUGCCGAUGGUUGGCUACCUAGUUACAGCAUCCCUGCUAUUAUUCUACAGAUCAAGCUGGCUAUCUCCAACCUUGACCCUCGACCUGCAAGACUAGCAUCACAAUGGAACCAACCAUAUUCGAUGCACGAAGCUAUCGAGGGAUUCAAAAGAGCCGCAGCUACCCACGGAUGGAGGGUCCCUCAGGGAUUGGAGUUACUCGGUCGCAGGGGAUAUCAAAACUAGUUUGCGGACGGAUCGUAUAAGUAGUAGUGCUAUUAUCGUUGGACCCUUCGUUGAAUGUUCAUGAUGUACUGUAUCCUUAGUUGUACUCUAUAGAAUCGACCACUUCGCCGGAUAUCGCGGUCUGUC